AUAACUGUACUCACAGCACAUUCCUAGUUUUUCUAAUUUUUUUAUUUUUUUAUUAUUUAUUAUAUAUAUAUAUAUAGAAAUAAAGUGUCCCUGCUUUGAAAAAAUGAAGAAUUCUAGAAAAACAUGUCAACCUAAUCUAAACCCAUGAUCACAAUUUGUUUAUUGCAAGUGAUGAUGAGAUGGGCUUAAAAAUUGAGCUUAGCCACCUGAUUGAAUCCAUAAAACAACUGAUUUCCAUAACCACUUGUGUUCUCUGCUUCUGUUUUUACUUAAAUUAAUGGAGUAUGGUGUUCACAUUUCGUCCCAUUCAAGCACUCUCACUCACCAAAACUCUCUCCAUCAAACUACUAGCAAGAAAGUAUACUGAAUCGACACUUCUCAAUCUGAAGCCUCUCAACGCAAAGAUCUCAAACUACAUGAGAAAUGGCUUCAUCGAAGAAGCCCAAAAGCUGUUCGAAGAAAUGCCUCAGAGAAACACAGUCACCUGGAAUGCAAUGAUUCGCGGUUUAUUUCAAAAUGGGUGUUUUGAGAAAGCGUUCUGCUUGUUUGAUCAAAUGCCCAAUCGUGAUUUGUAUUCGUAUAACACGAUGAUUACGGUGUUAAUGCAUUGUGGCAAUGUGAAUGGUGCAAGGGAAGUUUUUGAGCGUAUGCAGUUUAGAGAUGUAGUGACUUGGAAUUCAAUGAUUGCUGGGUAUGUUCGUAAUGGUUUGGUGGAUGAAGCUGUUCGGUUGUUUGAUAGGAUGCCUUCGAAAAAUGUUAUUUCUUGGAACUUGGUGGUUGCAGGUCUAGUGAAUUGUGGAGAACUUGAUAAGGCUGAGGAGUUAUUUGGAAAAAUGAGUAGUCGGGAUACUGCAUCUUGGACUAUCAUGAUGUCUGCGCUUGUGCGUGCAGGGCGGAUUGCUGAAGCUCGUGAACAUUUUGAACUUAUGCCGGUAAGAGAUGUUCAAGCUUGGAAUACAAUGAUAGCUGCUUAUAUAGAAUAUGGAUAUCUUGAAAUUGCAGAGGUUUUGUUUCACAAGAUUGCCGAUCGGGAUUGGAAUUCUUGGAAUGAGAUGAUGAAUGGGUUGCUGAAUAGUCAACGGAUUAAUGACGCUAUGAGACUUUCUAAUGAAAUGCCCCAAAAAUGCCAAAGAUCAUGGAAUUUGAUCUUGUUGGGAUUAGUAAGGAAUGGGUUUGUCAAAGAAGCGCAUGCUAUUCUUGAGAAAAGCCCAUUCAGUGAUGUUGUGUCACAAACAAAUAUGAUUAUUGGAUACUUUGGAAUGGGUGAGGUUGGCACUGCAGUCGAACUUUUUGAAUUGAUGCCAACUCGAGAUACAACUGUGUGGAAUGCUACAAUAUUUGGAUUAGGAGAAAACGAUCAUGGAGAGGAUGGUUUGAAAUUGUUUAUCAGAAUGAAAGAAGGAAGAAUGCCUGUGGAUGAAGCUACAUUUACGAGUGUUCUUACAAUAUGUUCAAACUUGCCAACCUUACAUCUUGGAAAACAAACUCACUCACUAGUCAUUAAGACUGGUUUUGAUUGUUUCAUUUCAGUUUGUAAUGCGAUGGUUACCAUGUAUGCCAGAUGCGGUAACAUGCAUUCUGCCUUGCUUGAAUUUUCUUCCAUGCUCAACCAUGAUGUUAUUUCUUGGAACUCUGUAAUAUGCGGAUUCGCUCACCAUGGACAUGGUAAGAAAGCCCUAGAGAUGUUCAAACAAAUGAGGUCAACAAAUGUUAGACCCAAUCAGAUAACUUUUAUAGGUGUUCUAUCUGCUUGUAGCCAUGCCGGAUUAGUAGAACAAGGUAAGUACUACUUUCACUUCAUGAAGUACAAGUGUUUUCUUGAGCCAACGAGCGAGCAUUAUACUUGUAUUGUUGAUCUCUUGGGUAGAUCAGGACUUAUAGACGAAGCAAUGAAAAUUUUGGAUCAAAUGAGGACGGAUGGAGUUGUGGUACCUGCAAGCGUUUGGGGGGCCUUGCUUGGAGCAUGUAGAAUACACAAAAACACUGAGGUGGGUGAGAUUGCAGGGGAGAGGGUUCUGGAAUUAGAGCCCCAUAACUCUGGUGUAUAUAUCAUUUUGGUUGAAAUGUACCUGGGUAAGGGAAGGAAAAAAGACGCUGAGAAGAUGUGGGUUCGUAUGAAAGAGCGGGGUGUGAAGAAGCAACCUGGUUGUAGUUGGAUUGAGGUAAAAAACAACGCGCAUGUAUUCCUUGCAGGAGAUGGUUCGCACCCAGAGUUCUAUAGCCUUUCUGGUGUUCUAGACUUGCUGCAUAUGGAGAUAGAGAUUGAGAUUUUGAAACCAAAUGUUGUUUCGUUUCAAGAUAUAUAUGCCACGUAGUGGAUGUUACGGAUUAUACAAUUUUUGUCACAUCACAUUGCCAUUGCGCCCUUUUAGGCGCAAUCUGAAACGUGAGAACCAGAACUGUUUGCAGACUUGAGGAGAAAAGAUGGAGUUUCUGCUUUUGUAUGAGUUGGAGUUGCCUGACAGAGAUCAAUCAUUUUCUGACUGAAGAUCGAUCAAGAGAUGAAACGACUUCAACCACUUAAAGAAGCGAAAAGAUAUUGUUGAUCAUGUUGUUCAUAGAGGCAGUAUAAAAAACCUUCUUUAGAUAAGGAGGACAUGGAAUUGAACUUGGAAAAGUCUUUUCCUCAUAUUGAAACACAGACAUCAGAAGGUGAUCAAAUGGCUACUUGAUAUGGCAACAAGUUGGAGAGGGAGGCCAGUUUGACUGUAGAAUUAUAAAAGAAGGAAUUGGGGUGUAUAACAAUUUGACUCCAACCAACGGCCUAGUGGCCUAGCGGUAUAUAUAUCCCUUACUUUCCAAAGGAAAGUCACGGUUCAUGCCUCCACUGAGGCAUCUGUGUGUGUGAGCAUCAACUAAAAAUAAAUAAAUAAAUAAAUAGUUUGACUGCAGAAUUAGAAAAGCAGGAAUUAUGUAUAAGAUUCUUUUUUUUUUUUUUUUUUUUUGACUGUGAUAGUAUCAGGUCUCUUAAAAUAUACAAUAAUUCAUUAUGGGGGCAUAUACAAAUAAUGUCAAAUAUUAAGUUUAAACUUAAAUUCUAUCCACACACUUUUGACAUUCACACUACCCAAAGGAAUGGAGAAGGUUUUACUCAGGUGAGAGGUUGGAGUUUGAUUCCUCUUACUGUUUGAUUAACAAUCCUAUUU